ACGCCAACAGCUCAAGCCUCAGUGCAAGAAGGUGGUGGACUGACUGUGAAUAGCUCUUGGAAGAGGGAGUGAUACAGCAAACAUUGGACUAUAACAAAGACUUGUCGGAUUGGAUUACACCGUUUUGCGACAGAAUUAACGUUAACUGGAUAUGUUCUCAUAAGGACAACCUUAUAUCGGUAAAGGAUUGCUUUGUUUUUAAUUUUUGCUUCUGAGAAAUUGAAUAAUGCGACUCACCACAGUCAGUUUGUGGAUAUAGUGAUGAUGAUGGAGCUAUACGUUACACUUGUGUCUCAGCUCUCGCUUUGAUAUUGUUCUGCUUACCGUGUUUUUAACUAUCAACAUUUGUUUUACAUAGCUAUCUUGCUAUUGAGAUAUAUUACGCGACGAAAUGCUUGCUUGUGUGUGAGGACAUACAAAAUACGCGUCUGUGACUGGCUAACAAGCCCAUCAGCUGACGUUAGCCCAGCUAACCAACGUUUGCUAACUUAUUAGCAUUUCGGCUCACCAAUAGGAAAUUGACGGUGAAACACGAGUAUUCUCCGUGACGAGGGGGGACGCUUGUAUACCCAAAAAGACGAACAAAUCUAAUAUUGUCUUUAAGACAAAUUUAUUUGUCAGUGUAAUACAAUAUUCUUCAAUAUCAGUAUUUUGACCUAUUUUUUUGUCAAAACGGCGGCCCUAACGAAGUGUAACGUUAUCCGAGACUGUCAUAGGCUUGCCGCUACCCCCUGGAAUCUUUCAAAAUGCACCAUCCCGAUUCUGCAGGAGAAUCGGGCAGCGUCAGAAAGAUGGCGCACCCGGCGAAUUUUCCUAGAAGGGUUUGCAACGUUAACCCGGUCACCGGGAGUGGUCCCACGUUGGCAGCGCCGGCCAGUUCGGCAGUUAGCAACAGCCACGUCCCCGCUGAAGACUACCAAUCUCCCAUCCUGAUGCAGCCUCAGUCCCUUGUUGGAUCAUCUUCCCCUGGGCCUCAGCAACCUCCGCACAGCCUGAACCUGCACUCCCAGCCCGCUCCACAGGCCCUGGCUCCAUCGGCUGGCUCUCAGAUAAAGAAAAAGAGUGGCUUCCAGAUCACCAGUGUGACUCCAGCCCAGAUCUCUGUGAGCACCAACAACAGCAUAGCGGAGGACACAGAGAGCUACGAUGACCUGGAUGAGUCUCAUACGGAGGACCUGUCCUCUUCAGAGAUCCUGGAUGUCUCCCUCUCCAGGGCCAAUGACAUGGCAGGGGCUGAGAGGAGCUCCUCAGAGGAGACACUGAAUAACUUCCAUGAAGCGGACACCCCUGGGGCGGUUUCACCCAACCAGCCCCCCCACACUCAGCCUUUACCCCACGGACCCCAGCAUGGAGGGAUGGUGAAUGGAAAUGUGCAUCAUCAUCACCAUCAUCACCACCAUCACCACCACCACCAGGGGCAACCUAUUCAGCCUCCCCAGGCCCUGGUUCAGCCCUCUCCCUCUGUCACCCACUCCACCCCCACCACUGGAAGAGCAGGUGGUGCCCCGAAGAUGGCGUCUGCCACGGGGGUCCCCCUGGAGAAUGUUUCAGUGGGGUCCGCUGUUGUUGCAACUCAGCCCGCAGUGGCUGUUCCCCUCUCUGGAAUGCACAGCUCUGCUGCUGGUGCCACAGUUAACACAGCCAAUCCCCUGACCAGCAAUGUUAGUAAUGUGAAUAAGUACAGCUCUUCCAGUGUGCCUAUGGCAGGCCCUGCCGUUGGCUCCAGUGCUAGUGGCGGAGUAAGCGCCGGGGUUGGGGGUUCGAUCGGGAUUGGCUUUGGUAAAACCAACCCCAAUGUAAAUCAGAUCCAACACCAAAACUCUGGAGCUGUGCAUUCGAGCGUAACUAUGACUUCUGCUGGUGCUAGUACCUCUGUGGUUUUGGGGCCUUCCAGUGGCACCCAGGGUGGAGGAGCUGCCCUGCACCAGCCGGGGAUGAAUUCCUUGGGCUUGGCUCCAGCCUCAGUCCCCUCCUCCCAGCCAGCUCCAACUCCUGCUCCUGCCGCCACAAGCUCCCGUUUCAGGGUGGUCAAACUCGACUCAAGCUCAGAGCCAUUUAAGAAGGGCAGGUGGACGUGCACUGAGUACUACGACAAGGAGACCCCAGCAUCGGCCCCAGCCGCCUCCUUCUCCGAGGCUACCGUUCCCAGUGGCCGGGGUGUGGAGAGCGUGCGGCAGUGCGGUCCUGAGAGUGUGACAUCAGGGUUGGAGAGGGAGAGCACCAGUGGGAGUUCAGUCAGCAGCACACUGAGUCACUACACAGAGAGUGUGGGCAGUGGAGAGGCUGGAGGCGGUGCCCAGUUAAAUCAGCCUCAGGCCCACUACCUGGACUACACCACCCCCCCACAGGCCUUCAAGACCUCCCACCCCGGCCUUCCUGUAGGGAUAUCCCACCUCCAGCCUUACCUGAUUACCACGGUGGCGCCCUCAGUCCCCAGCAGCGCUCAACAGUCUGCCCCUAUGAACAUGGCAGGCCUCCAGACCACUGUAGGCCACCCCACGGCCCCCAUGCCCCAGCAGCCGCUUACCUAUGCCCAGGCAGCCUCCACCCCUGCCCCAGGCUCAGCUCAGGGACUGGUGGGGGUGUCCCAGCAGCAGAUGGGCUAUGUCCUUCCCCAGCAGCCGUCAGCUCCUCCCCAGGCUGCACCGGUGCACAGGCUGAGCCAGGGUGGAGGCAUGCCUACGGACUACUCUCAGCCCCCAGCAGGCCUACCCCCGCCGGCUCUCUCGCAGACCUUGCCUGGACCCGGCCAGAUGAUGACCGUCCCACAGAAGCAGCAACAGCAAUUGCAGGGCGUUGGCUCCGUGCCCCAGCUCCCAGCCCAGAGUCUCCCUCAACAACAGCCCCAGCAGACUGCUGUACAGCCCCCUGCGGUCGGAGGGGGGUUAAGGCCUCAGAUAGGCCCAGGAGGAGUGACUGGUUUUGGGCAGCAGCCACAAGGACACCCUCUCCUUCUGGAUCAUCAGCAGCAGCAGCAGCAACAACAACAGCAACAGCAGUCACGCCCAGGCCAAGCCCAAGGACUUGCCACCCACCCUGUCCCCCCUAACCAAGGCAAUCAAGCCUCCAAUGUGCCUCCUAACCCCCAGAGCGAACCCCAGACCCUGAACAGCAGUGGAGUGGUCCAGUCUCACCCACAAGCCCAGACACCCAGGGUCAGCAUGCCCCAGGACUUCAGCAGUGCCCAGGCCCACACGCAGGCCGCCCAGGCUAGUGUGCUGUAUGCCAGCCUGCCCUCCUUCACCACCACCCAGCUGGAGAAUGCCCAGCGCCUGCUGUUCCAGCACCAGUCUGCCCUGCUGGCCCAGGCUCUGCCAAAGCUGGCCAGCGAGGCUGGCUCUGUGGUCGGCACAGGCCUGGGCAGCGAAAGUAAUGCUGCCACAGCCGCCGCGGUCAGUGCCUUAACCGCCUCCGCCGGACUCUUCAAAGCGGUGGACGGGGACGAUGAUGGUUCGUCAGGAGCCAGUGUGGUGGCCAUAGACAACAAAAUCGAACAGGCAAUGGACCUGGUGAAAAGUCACCUGAUGUAUGCAGUGAGGGAGGAGGUGGAGGUUCUGAAAGAGCAGAUCAAGGAGCUGAUUGAGAAGAAUUCUCAGCUUGAACAGGAGAACAGCCUUCUGAAGACCCUGGCCAGCCCAGAGCAGAUGGCUCAGUUUCAGGCCCAGACCCAGACGGGCUCACCUCCCACCUCGACACAGCCUCCAGCCCCGACGCAGGCACCUGCCCUACCCCCGACCCAACCACAGCCAGCCUCACACAAUUCUGGAUCCUCUGCGUAGCAUCACUUCCUACCCUCCAAUAGGGGAGUAUGAAGUAACCUAUCAACCAACCAGAGCCUGAGUAACAGUCCCACUGUCCGCAGACAGAUUAACGCUGCAGAACAACCAGGCCUCUACUGUAGGAGGUUACGCUGUUAAGACAAGAAUUUGCACAUAUUUAACUCUGGGAGCGGCGAUGUGUUGUGUCGUCGUUUCAGGGCGCUUUAAAACACGCUAUCAAAGACAAUCUGCGUAGCUGAGGGAAAAGGAGGGGCUGUUAUAGGAGAAUGAACAUUGCCAAAAAAAAAAAAUACAUGGACUUUGAAGAAAGAAAAGACAGACAUACUAGGAAAAUAUAAAUGAAACACAAAAGUGGACUUGACCCAUAGAAUCACUGUGCCUGUGUCAAUGGAUUUUAAGUGAUGUCGACCUCAGUCUUGCCACUGAUGGAGGGUGAUGGCAAUGGGAGUCAACAUGCUUCGCUCAAGCCUGAUAGUGUACAUAAAUACAGCUUUCUCUUCUGCCUACGUACUACAAAGAGAAACCGGGAAUAGAGGCCCCGUCGUGGUGAGCACCAGAAGAGUCUGACAGGAUUACUGCGGUGCGAUGGAGUCCCCAUCUGGCAUGGGACGAGUGGAGGGUCGAGAAGGAGGUCGAGAGUGAGAACACAACACAUUCAUUUGGCAUCAUCGUUUAAAAAAAAAAAUGUGGGGUUGAAGGGAGUUGUAGCUGACACUUGCUUAUUAAAUGAGAUGAUGCUAUUUUUUCAGUAUUUAAUUUCAAGGCCCUCAGCCCUACUUAUUGUGGCGGCUUCUCUUCUCAUGUAAAGAAUCAGAGGGGCUGAGAUGUUGGGCUUAGCUGCAUUUUCAACGAGGAGCUGAUGUAUAUUCCUGUAUAUGUAGUGUAAGUACUGUAUAAUAGAGUGAUAGGAGAGGAGAUACUAUUUAGGUGAAGUACAAAUGGAGAGGAAGCUCGUGAUGGGCUGGCCUGAAGGUUUGUGCAGUCUCUUUCUAAAGCUGACUUUAAGGACUAUGGACAGCUAUGGAGAGUUUAGGUUAUUUCAUUGAUAGACAGACCACUGUCUCCAGUCCCCAUAUUCUCCGGUUGCAACAUUAACGCCUGGCCUGCUGUGAACCAUUGUUCACUUGAGAAAUGAUUUGAAGUAUUGCACCCCUUGUGAAUUUUCUCUUUUCGUUUUGUUUUUCAUUUUUUGACAGUGAAAUAUUUCCGGAUGAUCAGCUCUUAAACUUAACACCUUACUCUGAAUAUCAUAAAGAAAAACUGAAAUGGAUUAUUUGCAUUCUGUGUAUAAGUUGUAUGCUCAUGUUCUGUGCAUGUUUCCCUCAAACAAGGUCAUGUAAACAAACAUAACACAAUUGCACUUGACAGUUGCACUUCACAACUUUCAAUAAAAAUGUUAAAGGAAUAUAAA